CGCAUCAGACGCGCGCACGGCCAGACUCGGUAAUAACCUGUUCACCAUGCUGGACCGCGGGCUCGGCUGCCUCCCGGUCGCCCUGUUGCUGCUCCCGCCGCUGCUGCUGCGCGGUCCGGGGCGCGUCGUGGAAGUCGCGGUGGCGGCGGAGUACUCCUCCUCCAAGACCGACCUGGACUACGAGUUCGGAGACUACCGGGGGAAGUGGUGCAUCGACGACCACGGGUUCGUGUACGGCAUCGGAGAGGUGUACUACCCCAGCCCAUCGGCGUGUCCGUGCACGUGCACCGUCGACGGCCCGGUGUGCAUCCGACCCAAGUGUCCGCGCAUCCACCCCCGGUGCACGCGGAUCAGGUAUAAGGCGUGCUGCCCGGUGUGUGAGGCUAUGGCCAGAGUCUGUGUCUACGGGGGCAAAACGUACAGACCGCUAGAGGAGUUCAGGUUGUCCAGAUGUGAGCGAUGUCGCUGUGAGGCCAACAGAGAGGUGUACUGCAGCAUUUCAGACUGCCCGGCCCCACACUGCGUCAACCCCACCUACGAACCCAACCACUGCUGCCCCAUCUGUAAGACUGGUCCCAACUGCUUUGCUGGGAACAGGGUGAUCCCAGCGGGGGAGCGUGUCAACAUUGAUGAGCGGACGGUCUGCUACUGCACCUACCGGGACGGGACGUGGCACACCCACCCUCAGGCCACCUGUGAACAGCGCCCCCAGCCCAGCCCGACGGUCAACCCCCGCACGGAGCCCCCCGGGGACGAAAACACCCGAGGGAGAGGGGGACGACCGUAUAUUCCCAGGCUAGAUGUGAUACCAUGAAUGGGAGUGUUUUGUUUUUGUCUCAUAGAGGCAGAGCUGCUCUUCAGGUACAGAUAAACUCACAGUUCCAUCAAAAGACAGUUUUCAGAGCACCGGACCACGACUAAUGUGUUGUUGAGAAUCAUCCAGCUCACUUACCGAUGCAGAACCAGUUCUGGUUCCCUAACAUAAGUUACUGUUCUGGGCUGUUCUGAGCACUUCCACCCAAAGAAAACCUGUUGGAACCUAAAACAUUUGUGUUCUUUGGGAAGUUCCAAUGUCUGAAUUUAGAGCUGUGAUGCUGUCAUCAGUGGGUGGUUUUUAUUUAAAAGCCAACUUGUCUAAAUCCACCAAACAUCCCUAAUUGGCUCAUGAAGCUCAAUAUUUGCAAAACAUACUAAAAACUCAAACAAUAUGAUGGAAGUCCCUUGUUUCCGUAACGCUGGAGUCCCUCAAGAAAUUGGUGAAAGUGGAAGUUGGUAUGUGAGGUGGCACCCGGGUCCCAGAACGAAACUGGUAAAAAAAAAAAAAAAAAGAAAGCAGUCAUUGACAGAAAAAGGCUUGUUUAGAUGUUAACCAAGCUGAAUUUUUUUAGUAUUCAGAAAAAGAGAUGUCACCCUCAGUGUAGUACAUUUAUUCAGAACAGCUCGGCCUUUUCAAAGGUUUGGACACACCUACUCAUCUAAUGUUUUUACUUUGUUUUUACUAUUUCCUACAUUGGAGAAAAGCGCCCCUACACGACCAGCAUAGCUCCACUCUGAUACACUUCAGUGUUCAUUAACUUUCUCUGCAUCUUACAAAGACAUGGCAGAUGCAACCAAAUAUCUCACUUGUAGAUUCGAACCAAAGUCCAGCUUCUACUAUCUGAAGUCUAUUUCUUGUGGCUGUUGGUCCAAGCAGUUCUCUUCUUCAUCUUGAUCUCCUUCAGUCGUGGUUUCUCAGCAGCAGUUCAAUCCUGAAGGUCAGAUUCACACCUUCUCCUCCCAACAGCUGAUGCUGAGAUGUCUGUCACUUGAACUCUGGCAAGGCUCACCAGUUCACUGAAAGCCAUUCCAAGAUACAAGGUGCGGUCAAAAAGUUUCAAGACUGCACCCAGAAAGACCAAAAACCACACCAGAUUUCGAUUUGGCCCCCAUCCCUAUUGAAGUAGUUGUCUUGGGCAACAUUAGCUUCCUCGCAGCAUUCCUGCCACGUUUCUAGAGCUUGUAAUGAGCAACAAGCAUCAUCUACAACGCACACAGUGACCCUACAACCUGAAUUUUAUUUUGGGAAAGAGGAAGAAGCCACAGGGAGCCAAAUCUAGUUAGUAGGGCAGGUGGAGUGCGCUAAUUGUUUUGUUUGGCCAUGCAUGAUCACCAUGCUGUGACCGGUGGCACAGCCCAUUUGGAAGACUGAAAUGCUAAGGCACCACGGUUCAGGUUCUUUUCACCAAAUGUUGUUUCUCAGGAUCUUAAAGUCGAACUCGACACGGCAGUCCCUGUGAAUGCUGAAGAAAACAUCGAAUGUUCUUUUGGUGCACCUCUGACCUGCUGUGCAUUGUCUGGUUUUGGAAUCGCUGGCUCUUCCACUGUCAAAACUCCUGUUUCUAGUCUUGGUGGUCACCAAUCACAGUUCUCUACAUCGGCUGCUGACUGACACAGAAUGUAAUGUUUUCUUCUCUGCUUCAGCUUGAGGUCCAUGGAAAAUCCCAGAUGCGACCUAUCAGCUAUCAUGAGCAUGAUUAAAGCCUAAGCAGUGCCAUAUUUCAGAUUGUUUGAACCAAAUGUUCUCCAUCAGAAUCUUACGGUUGAAAACAGUCUGAUCAUAGGAGACGAAUUCUUGGUGUACAACCCUCUGAAUGUCAAAGUAAGCAACAAGCCUCUUUUGGUGCACUUUCAUGCCUUCUGGGAGACUUCUGGCUGUUCCACUGCUAAAACUCCUGUGUGGUUUCUGGAUCAUAGCUGCAAACCCGAGUCUUGUUACCGGUGAUGUUUCUUGAUAAGGUUGUCUUAAAGCGGACUGCUCCAAUAUCAAAUACGCCUUCUCAUUUAUAACAUUUACUUCUCAGACAUUCACGGUCUUAUUGAAGCAAACAGCAGCUACUUUGAAGUAUCUAAAAUAUCCAAAGUAGUUUAAAUCAAUCCACUGGACUUUAAGAAAGUUCCUUGAAGACGUUUCACCUCUCAUCCAAGAGGCUUCUUCAGUUCUGGUGGUGGUUGGUGUUGCCUCAGCUUUUAAACCUCUGUGAGGUGUGUCCAGGGCUGUUAUUCCAACAACCAACACCAAAACUCAUCUGACUACUCAACAAUGGUCGUUGUGAGUAUCCCUGAACACACCACCAGAACUGAAGAAGCCUCUUGGAUGAGAGGUGAAACGUCUUCAAGGAACUUUCUUAAAGUCCAGUGGAUUGAUUUAAACUACUUUGGAUAACCAUGACCUGGAUGAAUGAGAACCUACACACAUAUCUAAAAUAUCAAAUGUAUUUUUCUGAUUAUCACCUUUUUAUUUAUUUCAUAUUUCCUUGUGUUAUUUCAUAGUUUUAUACUAUGCUGUAGAAAACAGUGAAAAUAAGGAAAAAACUUGCGAAUGAAUAGGUGUGUCCAAACUUUUGACUGGUGCUGUACAACAGUUGAUUAAGUUCAUGGCUUUGCCAACACUAAUUUAAUCAAUUCACAUAAUUUUAAAGCAGCUUUAUACACUGCUGUUUGUUAACAAACCAUUCAACAACUCAACAAUCUGAUCAGAUCAAUCAUACUGUUAUAUUAUGAUCAAGUUAAGAGCAUCUUGUUAAGUAUUUAGUCUUGUGUCUGAUGGUAUUUCUGUGACCUCCAUAGUGUCAGUCUGGACAGGAUUUAGACGGAUGUUCAUUAAUUAAACACUGAGGUUUCCAUCCAACUGUCUUUUGUUAAACCUGCAGACAUUCUGACUUCAUGGCUGGAGCUGAGGACACUCCUGCACACACAUACGGUGUCGAGUGUUUCUUGGUGUUGUGGGUCUUUGUUAAAACCUGGUGUGGCCACAUUUCUCUGCACACAUAUUCCCUCACUGUGCUUUAGGGAAAUGUUUUUUUUCUUAAUUCCUGCACAUGGACAACUCUACAGUCUAUCCACCUACCUCCCGCUGCUCCACAGGGGAACGUGGAUGGAGUCGGACAUGAAGGCGUCGGUGACAGAAGACGAACACAUGUUGGAUGCAGGUGGUUGCUUGCUUUCUCUCCACAGCCCUGCUGAUCUCCGUCUGGAGGCAGAGCGAGGCCAGGGAUGUCCCGGCAGACAGACAGAGCUGAGAGGAACUGUGAGAGCAGAUAAACACAUCCACACUCUACCUGGGCUGACAGAUGGUGUAUGUGUGCGUAGUGCAUGCCAAGUAGCACGUCAUCCUCGCUCUAUACUGUACAUGUGAGUCUUCUUUUGCUCCUGUUUGUGCCAUGCCGCCUGCUGGGAUUAUUUUCUGACUUUUAAGUUAUGAUGCCAACACAUGCUUCUAGCUAGAAAUGCUCUCCAUCACCGUUUUGUUCUACUCAUGUCUGCUGUUUAAGAGUUCCUAUGUGGUUGCUGUGCAGGGCAGUAUUUAAUAGUACUCAGGUUUAGAACAGUAAGUCUGAAUGUUUACCUCAACACCCCCCCUCUAGUGUCCAUGUUGUAUCUCCAGAAUACAGUGUGGUAUCUGUGAAAUAAAGCUAACAGAUGAUCCUA